AUGGCGCGAAAAAAGUCCCGCUACGCCGUCUCGCCGGCUCUCAUAACCCUGUUACUGCAAGCGCUUGCAAUAACCCCCACGCUCGCUGGCCCCAAUACGCCAGCGGGAGCCGCGGCGCCGAUCGAUCUCGCAUUCCCUUUCAAACCCUCCUCCUCCGCCCCGCAGUUCAGCCCAGACACCCUCCCCGACCUUCCCGCCUCCCCGCAACCCACCAUUCCGCCGGUGGUAGCUCCCAAGCCCGUCACCGUUCCGCCGGUUCCCAAGCCCGCGACCGUUCCUUCCGCUCCAAGCGGAAGCCCCUCUGCGCCGACCGCCUCCCCCGGCUCUCCUGAUCCUUCCGCUUCCCGUACACCGAUAGAAGCUGGCAUUCCGGAUCCGAAUACUUUCGCCCGUCCUUUGCCCAAGGGUGCCGCGCCUGCUGUAGUGACGCCGGGUAAUGCAUGUCCCGCUUCCGACCUUGACGGUUACACCUUCUCGGCUCCCCUCAUUCCGGACCAGUUUGUCCUCCACUGGCGGUUGCGCGUGUCGGCGCUGGACAUAGCGGUGGAGGCGCGCCUGAGCAGCCAAAUCGACAACGGUUGGAUGGGCGUCGGCUGGUCGCUCAACGGCGCGAUGUCGCCUUCCGAUGCCGUCAUCGGCAAUCUCGAGGGUGGUGCGAUCCGCGCGUUCUCGCUGGGCGGGUACACUGCGGAUUCGGUAAACGCGACGAAUCAUAUUAGCCUCGGGGAUAAAGGAUCGACUUCGACGGCGUCGGGGUCUACAGUGUUCUGGUUCUCCCGGUCGCCAGGGGAUGGAGGCUCGGUGCCGAUCCAGUUGUCCGGCCCUAACUUCCUCAUCUGGGCCUAUUCUCGGGACAUGUUCCAGACCCUUGGUUACCACAGCACCCAUAGAGGAGUUUCUCAGGUGGACUUCUCGUGCAACACUGCACCCCAAGUGCUGCUGGGGGAGGGUAGCCCUGAGGACGACGACCAAGGGGAAUUUACCCCGGAUAAUCCUAUUGAUGUAACCCCUUCGGAUCCUCUGGGGGACGAUGGCAACGAUGAGAGCACGGGAAGCAGCGGUUCUGAAAGUGGUGACAGCAGUACAGGAGUCGUGCCUCGUGGUAACCAACCUGGCGGGGUGUUACGGAAAGUGUGGAAUGUGUUGUUCCCAUCAUUUGGCUAA